AUGCACCCUGGUGCGGACAUUGUAAGUCAAUGGCCCCAGAAUAUGCGAAAGCCGCAACUAUGCUUGCAAACGAAAAGUCACCAGUAAAAUUGGCCAAAGUCGAUGCGACCGUGGAGACCAAGCUGGCUGAGGAAUACCAGAUUCGUGGCUACCCUACCUUAAACUUCUUCGUGAAGGGUAAAAGCAUUGAAUACAACGGAGGACGUACUGCUGAAGCCAUCGUGGAAUGGGUGAAGAAGAAGACCGGACAGGCCAUCACUGAAGUCAAAACCGUCGAGGCCUUCGAUGAGCUCACUCAGAAGAAUAAAUUCGUUGUUCUCGUCCUUUCCAAGGACACUUCCUCGAAAGAAUACAAGGCCGUCGAAGAAGUUGCGAUGGGACAGGAUGUUCCGUUUGUUCUCUGCACUGACCCAAAAAUGGAGGAGAAACACAAGCUGACCUCGGGCACAAAAGUCGUCCUAAUCAGAAAGUUUGAUGAACCUUCUGUCGAAUACGAAGGAGAAUUUGUUGCUGCCGACCUGACCGAUUUUGUCCAGAGUCACAUGAUCCCGCUGGUUGUCGAGUUUGACGAGGAGACUGCGGCUCAAAUAUUCGGAAGCAAGAUUAAGUGGCACGUCAUGGUGUUCAUGGCCAAGAGCCAAGACCACUACGAACCAUACAGAAAGAUCUUGAGAGAAGUUGCCACUGAAUUCAGAAACAAGGCACAUGCUGUGAUUAUCGAUAUCGACGUGGAGAAUCAUGAAAGAAUUCUUGAGUUCUUUGGAAUAUCCAAAAAAGACUGCCCAACUUACCGUGUGGUUGAACUUGAGGAUGCCGUUAGGAAAUUCAAACCUGAAGCCAUUGAGUUCAAUGUUGAAGCUCUUCGGACCUUUGUUGGUGGUGUACUGGGUGGUUCAAUCAAACCAUACUUGCAGUCGGCCGAGCUUCCUGACGACUGGGAUAAGGAGCCUGUCAAGGUUUUGGUUGGCAAAAACUUCGACGAAGUUGCCAAAGACAAGUCCAAGACGGUGUUCGUUAUGUUCUGUAAGUGUAUACCAGUUAUGUUCACAUUGCCUAUUCUUUCACUUCGGUCUGAUGUAUUAAGGGAAUUCAUCUUUAUUUAUCAUGCCCCAUGGUGCGGACAUUGCAAACAGCUCCACCCUAUUUGGGAACAGCUUGGUGAACAUUACAAAGAUCAUCCCGAAAUCGUUAUCGCUAAGAUUGAUUCCACUGCUAACGAACUGGAGGAUAUCAAAAUAACUGGUUUCCCUACACUGAAGCUCUUCCCUAAAGAUGGAGACAAAGUGAGUUUAUUGCGCUUACGUGCACAGUCGUUGAUUGCUAUAGCUUUUUUUCUUUCCGCAAACCUGAGGUUGCUAAGUAGAGGAAAAUACUAA